AUGGUCCCGUGCGAGUGUAAAUGCACCGGCGCUGGCGGGAGCACAGCAAAGUUAAGGGCACUCAAAACAAAGCGAGCGCAAAUCAAGUCACAAUGCACACGAUUUCGCACAUAUCUAGAUAACCUAAACGUACCUGAGGUGUCAUUAAUCGAGCUGCGUCAGCGUCAGCAAAAAUUUACGGAGAGUUGGCAAGCCUUCAACGACAUUCAAUCAAGCAUCGAAGAAAUCGAGAUCAGCGAGGAUCACCAGGAAAGUCAUCAAGAAGAGAGAAUGAUAUUUGAGACAAGAUAUUGCUCAAUCGUGGUAAAACUGGAAACACUCAUCGAGGAGAAACAAGAUGCAAGGCGACCGGUAAAUGAGAUAGCGAUCGAUGGGUCACGGCAAUCAGCAAUUGGCUCGCAAAGAGGUAACAUCACGAAUGAUUGUUUAAAGCUCCCUCGAAUAAACUUACUAGAAUUUACGGGUAAGUACGAUGUUUGGAUUCCAUUCAAAAAUAUAUUCACUACCAUGAUUCACGAUCUCCCUACUCUUCCAAAGGUUCAGAAGAUGCAAUAUCUUACUGCGGCAUUAAAGGGAGAAGCUCGUGAUGUGAUUAGUUCAUUCGUAACAGCUGAUGACGGUUAUGACGAGGCUUGGCAAACAUUGAAGGAGAGGUACGACGAUAAUAGCCUAAUUAUUCAAAAGCAUAUUAAAGCAAUGUUUGAACAGCCCGCUAUGGCCAAGGAAAAUCAUUUAGCACUGCGAAAAUUAUUGGACAACGUCGUGAAGCAUUUGCGUGCCUUAAAGGGUUUGAAACGACCAAUAGAACACUGGGACGAUCUGAUAAUAUACCUCCUGACAAGCAAGUUGGAUACGGUUACAAGUAAGGAAUGGGAAACGUCCAUCAAAAGGGGUGCAACACCAAGAUUAUCCGAGCUGACAGAUUUUUUAGCUCAACGUUGCAGAGCAUUGGAGGCGUCAUCGCGUACGCAUCAAAAGUUCGCGGCUUCAACAAACCAAAGCAAGUUCGAAAAGGGCAGAAGCAUGCAGACCACUUCAUUUUCAAAUGCGACGACUUUGGUCAGCGUUGAACAGAGAAUAAAGGAAGCGAGAACACGAAAACUAUGCCUAAAUUGUUUAAAGGCUGCAGCUCAUCAAGCGAAGCAAUGCACCUCAGGAUCGUGUCAAAAGUGCAAAGGGUGGUAUAAUACAUUACUACACCUGGAACAAACGUCAAAGGAAUCAGAAGAGCCGGUCUCAAGAGGCGAUGUGUCGAAAGGCAAGGAAACAGUGGUAGCUACUAGUGUGAAUCAUUCCACAUUAACGCAGGAGCGCCAAGUACUCCUUGCAAUGGCAAUCGUCAAUGGUAUUGAUAAGCAAGGUAUACCAAGACCGCAACGAGCCUUGCUCGAUGGCGGAUCGCAAUCUUUAUUUAUUACCACUGAAUGCGUCAAGUCCCUCGGAAUUAGACAGAAGCCUACACUUAUUCCAAUCAUGGGAUUAGAUGGAACAUCGACUCAAGCUCGCAGCCUGGCAAAAGUAACGCUACAAUCCACAAUAAACGGAUUUCAAACAACUCUCGACUGUUUAGUAAUUGAUCGUAUAGCCCAAGCUCUUCCAUCCAAGCACAUUGAUUUGGGAGAGCUACUCAUUCCGGAAGGCAUAACACUAGCGGAUCCCAACUUCAGCCAUUCAUCCAACAUAGAUUUAUUAAUUGGAGUGGAGAUAUUCUUGGAUCUACUAUGCAUUGGUAAGAUCAAGCUUGCGGAAGAUCAGUUGGUCUGGCAAAAAACCUUGCUUGGAUGGAUUGUGUCGGGUAAUUUUAUGGCAAAAAAUAGAUACGUGAGAAGCACGAGGUGCAAUCUAGCAAUUGACACGCAGCUCAACGAAAACAUGGCGCGGUUUUGGCAACUCGAGCACAACCUCCGGCAAAACGCACGAACUCCUGAAGAACGAAUUUGUGAGAAGCACUUUAUGGAUACCUACACACGCAACGAACAAGGUCGAUUCAUCGUAAUUCUACCAACCAAAAAUGAGCAGAUCCAAAAUUUGAGAAAUUCACGGGAAAUAGCAAUGCAGCAGUUUAGAAGACUAGAGCACCGGUUAGAAAGGAAACCGCAUAUCAAGAAGGAGUAUACAGAAUUCAUGCGUGAAUACAUGCGACUUGGCCAUAUGAGGAAACUUCUAUCUUGGGGCGCAAGGCCGCAUUAUUACUUACCGCAUCAUUGCGUAAUAAAGGAAGCAAGCAGCACGACGCGUUUAAGAGUAGUGUUCAACGCAUCCAGUAAAACAACCACAGGCGUAUCCUUGAAUGAUAUUCUGAUGACAGGUCCAGUUGUUCAGCAAGACCUACUGUCAAUACUUAUCCGAUUUUGCAUUUUCAAGGUGGCUUUCGUUGCGGAUAUAUCUAAAAUGUACCGACAAGUACUCAUCCACGAAUCGCAAGUGCCCCUGCAACGCAUCGUCUGGCGUGAGCAUUCAGAUAACGAAAUCGAAACAUAUGAGCUACUAACGCUUACAUAUGGUACCGCUUCAGCUUCAUUUCUAGCAACUAAAACAAUCCAGCAUUUAGCCGAGUUGAGAAAGAAUAAUUAUCCAAAAGGGGCAGCUAUUGUUAUUAGAGACUUCUAUGUCGACGAUCUCAUUUCAGGAGCUAACACCAUAGAAGAGGCAAAACUUAUUUGCGCUGAAGUCAAUGAUUUGUUGCAAGAAGGAGGAUUUACAUUACACAAGUGGGCAUCAAACGAUCAAGAGGUGCUGUCAGGCAUAUCAACUUCGUCCACGUCAAGCCAUACAUUAGAGUUACACAAGGGCGAAACAACUACGACGCUCGGUGUUAAAUGGAAUCCUAGCAAGGAUGUCUUCCAAUACGAAAUUAACUUAGAUUUCUCGAAGGAAUAUACUAAAAGGAGUAUGUUGUCAAACAUCGCCUCAUUAUUCGAUCCACUGGGACUUUUAGCACCAGUGAUAAUAAAGGCAAAGAUUAUGAUUCAAAGAAUUCAAGAGCUAAACGGCUUGAAAAUAUCUCGUGUAGUUGUUGACAAAACUUCGGAUCUGAAGUUUUCGCUUCAUGGUUUUUGCGAUGCCAGCGAACUUGCAUACGGAGCCUGCGUAUAUUUGCGUACUCACAGCUUCCAAGGAAUUUGGCGUUCUCAUCUGAUGUGUGCUAAAUCACGUGUAGCACCUGUUAAGAUAAUUUCAAUUCCAAGGAUCGAACUGUGCGGCUCUCAGUUGCUCGUACAACUCAUGAGCAAAAUAAAAGGUGCCCUAGAGAUACCUGUCGAGGAAGUUUGUUAUUGGACGGACUCAUCCAUCGUCUUUUAUUGGAUCAAGGCGUCAAACAAGAAGCUGCCAAUUUUUGUUACACAUAGGAUUGGCGAGAUUCAAGAAUUAACUGCAGUCGAAGAAUGGCAGCACGUAGGAACUAAAGAAAAUCCCGCUGACCUACAUGAUGAAAUCGCUACGCAUCCUUGCAUAGCAAACAUCAAUGAAGAGUAUCAAGUCGAAGAUAAUGAAGCUAAGAUGAUGGCUUCACUAAAGAGCGAUAAUCCAUUUAACAAAUUUUUCACGUACAACAGACUUAUUCGCGUUACGGCUACUUGUCUCCGUUUCGCUAGCCUAUGUAAAGGAAAAAUGGAGCGAGGUCAUCAUGAUCCUUUAUCAGUUGACGAGUUGGAGCUAGCAAAGGAACGUUUGAUCAAAAGGGAGCAGCGAAUGGCGUUUGCGGAGGAGUUGAAGUCGCUAAAGAUGGGCGAAACGGUCUCGAAUAAAAGCGCUGUUAAGCAUCUCAGUCCAAUCUUGGAUGGACACGGUUUAAUGCGCGUAGGUGGCCGGCUGCACAAUUCGGAGCUUCAGUAUAGUGCAAAGCACCCAAUCUUGAUUUUACAUCGUUUCAAAUUUACCGAGCUCGUUAUCGAGCAUGAACAUAAAAGAGUACUGCAUGCAGGAGCGGAGGCGACUCUUGCUGCUGUGCGACUGGAAUAUUGGUCCACCAGGGCGCGCGGUGCUAUCAGAAGACUGAUCCACAGAUGCAUAACCUGCUUCAAGUCAAGGCCGCGAAUUCCGGAGCAAAUCAUGGGAAACCUUCCAAUGUGCCGUGUGACACCUUUUUGUUUAUUCACUAGCACUGGCGUAGAUUUCUGUGGAUCGAUAUACGUGCGUGAUGGAAGAAGAGGCAGCAAAAAGAUCAAGGCCUACGUGGCGGUAUUUGUAUGCAUGACUACGAAAGCGGUGCACUUGAAGAUGGUCUCCGAGCUGACGACGGAAGCAUUCUUAGGCGCCUUUAAGCGUUUCGUUGCCCGAAGGGGCAAGCCCGCAGACGUAUUCUCGGACAACGGAACUAAUUUCAUCGGAGCCAGACAUGGCAACGACUUGAGCAAAUUCGCCAGCAUUUUUGGCGUAGAUGGUCAUCGGAGUAUCUACUUCAGCUGCAGAGACGCUCCAAGUGGUAUAAGCAAAGCAAAGAGUAACUUUGUAUAG